AAACAAACUGUUCAUUUACAAAUAACAGUUUAAAAAUACAAACAAGUUUUAAAGAACGUGGGGGAGUGACCCCGAAGCAAAAAUAUUUGUGAAGAAGUAAUUUUUUUUACAUCAUUGACCUAAAUACAAAAUGCAUCCCAAUAGGCGUAGGAAAAAACGUCCUAAUUACGGAAUUCGAACAGUAGAAGUGGCUAGAGGACCAAAUGGUUUUGGUUUUACGAUUUCAGGACAACAGCCGUGUAUUUUGAGUUGUAUUGUGAAAGAUUCACCUGCAGAUCAAGCAGGGCUACGUGCUGGUGAUUUUUUGAUUUCAGUGAAUGAUGUAUCAGUUUCUAAAACAACACAUGAUGCUGUAGUAAACCUGAUUGGAAGUUGUGUUGCACCUAUUAAAAUGACUAUAGCUGAGAAUUAUUAUUCUGAUAGUAGUGAUGAAGAUUUAGAUGUGAGCCGUAUUAUAACUUGUAGAAAACCAAAGCACAAACCAAAACCUACCAGGACUCAUAGACUAAUCAAUCGUAAAAACCAUGAUGGGUUAUUCUUAUUGAAAAAUGCCAAUCAUAAUUGUUUACUAAAGUAUUCGAAUGGUAAUACAGAAGCUUCUGUUCCAACAAACCUCGCUAACAAUUCAGGUGAUCAAGCUAAUUCUAGAGAUUAUAAAGCACUUGUUGGAUAUCUUGGAGCGAUGGAGACACAGAAGCAGUUCUCAUCUGACGGCCAUUUAAAAGGGUUAGCCCUUGAAGAUCAAGGUGGUCCAAUUGAAUACAAAACAUUAGUUGGGUAUCUUGGAACUAUAGAAAUGCCAGAACAACUGUCUCCUGAAACAAGGCUCCAAACAGUAUGUAAUUGUAUAAAAAAGUUGAGACAAGAGAAACGAAGCCCUACAGCAGUCCUAAUGACUAUUUUGCCUACUUGUUUGACUUUGAAAAAUUCAUCGAAUCAAAUACUGGCUAUAUAUCCAACAAAUAGGGUAGUUUAUGUUGGAUCUGCUAGAGAUAAGGAUUCGAGAUAUUUUGGAUUGGUUACUAGUGCAAUUUCUGAUACAAAUUCAAGACAAAAUGUUGAUGAUUGGCAUUCAAACUUGAAUACGAAGAAAAGUUACUCAGAUAUAGAUAUUUCUAACAGUUGCCAUAUAUUUGUAACAGAUCCAAAACUAAUUGAUCAUAAUAUUCAUGCAAGGAAAGCAGAAAUAUUCAAUAUUGUUUGCAGUGUAGAUCCUAUAUCGGGCCGCUGUUUAGAGUUUCCUAAAGAUUCACUCUAUAUUGUGAGUUUGAUACAGAGCAUGUAUAAGUUGCAGUGUGAUGUUCAUAGUGCUAGACUGAAUAUUGAGGAAAGAGCUUUACCCCUAUUGGCUAAUUCUCCACAACCCAGUGCUUCCAGCAAUUCAGAUUCAGGAAUAGGAUUCAGAGAUGAUUUCAAUUCAAUAAGUGAUAGAAUUGUAUUGGUCGAGUUUCCUGCAAGACAUUUGGAGAGUUCAAGGAAAUAUAAUAAUAAUUUCAUCGUAGAAGAAAAUGUGGAUAAUAGGGAAAAUAUUGUGAGAAGUUCUGACUAUUGCUUGAAUCCUGAAGAAGUGAAACCUAAUGCUUUAUUGAAAAUGGUGCUCAAUAAUGAAAAGCCAUUGAAUAAUGUUCAGAAUAUAAAAACAUACGAGGGUGUGAGCAUAAAGAACAGUUUUGGUGACUCAAAGGUGGAAAACACAAAAAACAGUAAUAAGAUAGAAGGCCAGCUGAAUAAUUUCUCCCAUUCUGAAAAACUAUCAUUCAGACCCUCUUUCGAUAAACUAACUAGAAACGUUUCACCCUCAAGUUUCACCAGUUCUGAUGAUAACACUAAAACUAACGAAGCUUGUGUUAGGAGUGUCCCUAACAGGUAUGACCAAUCAAUUGUCAAUGCUGGAGGUUUUAAGGAAUGUGAUAUCAAGAGUAAUUUUAAUGAGUUUGAAAUGACUGGAAAUAACUUCACUUUCAAUCAGUGCAAUAUAAAUAGCUAUCAAGAAAGACCUAUCGAUGUCCCAAUUGAAAUGGAGCUUGAUAGAUCAAACAUUUGUGUAUACUCUGUUCCAAACAAGGAGGAAACUGAAUUCAAGAGAUCCGCAGACAGUUUGUCGAUGGGCAGUGGACGAAGCCUUGAAUUGGGCAAUUCUAUGAGCGUUUUCAAGACGCCAAGUGCGGUUUUCUUCGAACGCAAAUCUAAACACACCCCAAAAUUGGCUAGUAGUUGCGAUGACUUGAACAAGUGUGGCAAUAAUAAGAAAAAGUUGACUCCUAAGAAGUGUGGCACUUCCAAACCAAACUAUAGUUAUGAGGAAUUGAAUAAUAUGGAUUUCGGUCAGCAGUUGGGAUAUGGCAGUUUGAACGACUUGUUCUUCUCCAACUGGGGCAGUAAUCGAGAGAGGAGGCAGAUUGCCAGAAGUGAACCCGAUGUGAGAAUGCAGGAAGGAACUGGAAUGUCUUGUUUUAUGAACGAAACUGACUGCCAGGCCAGCAAGGAUGCACAGGAGAGUUCGGUACAAGUGUGGACUACUUCCUUCGAGAAGCUGCUGGAGGACACUGAAGGACUCAAGGCGUUCACCGAAUUUUUGAAAAAGGAGUUCAGCUCGGAAAACAUCGACUUCUGGAUAGCUGUCGAACGCUUCCGCCAUUUACCAAGCGGACAAGAGAAGAAAGCCGAAGCUAGAAGAAUCUAUCAGCAGCACAUCUGUGUGGGUGCUCCAGAGGCAGUUAACGUUGAUUCGCACGGUAGACAGUGCGUUGAGCAGGCAUUACACGAGGCGACAAGCAAUAUAUUUGACCAAGCACAGAAGCAGGUGUUGAAUUUGAUGAAAUUCGAUAGUUAUCCGAGAUUUCUAAAGUCGGACGUCUACAAACAGUGCCUGGUGAAUAGUACAAAACCUAAUGGAGCUACACCGAUAAAACUGAAGAAGAGUCUGAGCAAUGCAGAAGACAGGAGAAGGAAGAGUCUUUUACCGUGGCACAGGAAGAGUAGGUCCAAAUCGAAAGACAGGUUCGAAAAUGGGGAGUCUCUGAGUAUCAAAGGAGGAGAUGGUUCGUUAAAAAACGAAAUUCAUAGCAGUAGAUCAUCACUGACGUCACUGGAUCUCGCUAUCGCUAACAAUAUGCAAAAUGUUAAGGAGGACUCCGAAUCUUUCCCUGGAAACCUACUGUGUCGUAUUAGUUUUGGUAACUGUAGUACAACCGUAGUACAAAUUAGACCUUCAGAAUCUAUCAAUGAUCUAGUGCAAAGGUUGUUGGAGAAGAGAGGCUUGAAUUACAGCUCAUUUGAGGUGUAUACUGACAGACAUACAAAGCCAGUCGACUCAAAUGAAUCAUCGACAACAUUAGCAGGUUGCGAGGUCAAGAUCCAACAAAGGGUAGUUUUCAAACUUGACCUUCCGAAUAGGAAAACAGUCUCGGUGAAGUCGAAAGCGACCAAAAUGAUCAUCGAUGUGCUUAAGCCUAUUCUACACAAGUACGACUUCACACUGGAUCAAGUUGUUGUGAUUAAUGCAAAAGAUGGAGGCUCUUUGAUCGAUAUUCGAAGUCCGAUCACCAAUAUUGACAAUUUAAGACUGCAAGUCCAACUUAUAGAAAAAAAUACCGGCAGUAUUCCCGAACAGAGAAAUGAUACCAGUGCUUCGAAAACCAACAAAUUAGUUGAAAUAACAAACCAGGUUUUUGAAGGAAUUCUCCAUGAAAAAUCGGAAAACACUAAUUCAAAACCGAAGUCAGGAUCAGUAAAGAGCGAAGACUUGGGCUCGGAACAUUCUUCUAGCUAUUUUGGAAAAUUUCUGCGCAGAGAUUCUUCUAACCAAGAAUGGAAAAAAAAGUCUCUCAUUCCAAGAAGUAAAAUUUUGGGAAAUGCAAUAAGUAAAGGAGCAGUUACUCCGGAUCAGAAUCUGUUGAAGAAUAAGCCAUUGAUAGCCAAGUGGAAAGCCGGAGUUAAUAAACUUCAGGUGUCACCCAGCAGUGAAAGUGAGUGUAAUGAGCUUGUUGAAGGCCUCACCAGGGCUCAAAAGGCUCGAUUGGAAGAUCAGAGGGGUACAGAAAUAAACUUUGAACUCCCUGACUUCCUGAAGGACAAGGAGGAUGAUCGACUGAGGAAAUCCCCUAAUCAUUCCACGGAAAGCAAUUUUGCACCUGACCAAACUUCUAACGAUGCAUCAAAUCCGACUUUGAGCCCCAAAACCAAGGGUGAAUUAGAUGCACGUGUUAAUUAUGAAAAUCAAAGUAUAAGGCCGGAAAAUAGAAGUAAAGAUGACUCCCCUGUAAACACUCCGAGUAAACAGAUGAAAUUGAAUAAUGUGAGAAGUUUCCUCCCUAAAUUCUCAACAGAAAGCAAUAAUUUCAAAUCUAGUCAGAUUGGUACACAGAAAACUUUUGAAAGCCCUCUUGGUAAGGAGUUUAAAAUGGAGCCCCCGCCUCUACCGCCAAAACCUAAGAUAGUGCCUCUGAAACCCCCAAAUUGGGGACAGAGCGAAUUCCGCAGGCCUAAAGAGAUUUCACAGAAUAUAAAAAAUAAACAGGCCUUAUUCUUGGAACACCCUUCUAGCAGCUUUGUUUGAAAUGAAAGAAUAUUCGAAUUUUAUUUAUUCAGAUUGUAUUAUUAAGAAAGCUUCAUAUUAUAUUUAUAAUUAAUUUUUUAA